CCGGGGACAACUAAGUUUCCGGAAGUGCAUACCAACCACUCUAACUUUAACUGGACAAGGAAGCGACGUUUAUUCAGCUUCCUUUUUCAUUUUAGUGGCCUGACAAGCACACUUUUCCACCUUGGAUACUUUUGAAAAAUCUCUUUGUCAUGCCUUUGUUCGCUCAAAACCCCUUUGACCAAGAUGUGGAGAAGGCAACAAAUGAAACCAACACAACAGACGACUGGGGGCUCAUUAUGGACAUCUGUGAUAGGAUUGGAACUACACCCAAUGGAGCCAAAGACAGCCUAAGAUCCAUCAUGAGGAGAGUCAACCACAAAGUGCCUCAUGUGGCCAUGCAGGCCUUGAAUUUGCUGGGCGCUUGUGUGUCCAACUGCGGCAAAAUCUUCCACUUGGAGAUCUGCUCCCGGGAGUUUGCAGGUGAAGUGCGCAGCGUGCUGAGCAGGUCGCACCCCAAGGUUUGCGAGAAGCUGAAGGCACAGAUGGUGGAGUGGGCUGAUGACUUCCAGAAGGAUCCUCAGCUCAGCCUGAUUGGUGCCACCAUCAAGUCGCUGAAAGAAGAAGGCAUUACCUUCCCAUCAGUGACCUCGCAGCAGGGGGCCGGUGUGAAGGUCAGCAACACUCCCGCUGUGGUCAAAGCGGCGGAUAACGACGACGAUCUAGCAAAAGCCAUUGAGCUGUCCUUGCAGGAGCAGAAACAGCAGACGGAGUUACGCCCCCCCACUCUUCUGGCCGAUCCCCCCAGCUACGCGAACAGUGAAGGCAACGGUCUGCCGCAGGACGCGCGCAAAGUCCGAGCGCUGUACGACUUUGAGGCGGCGGAGGACAAUGAGCUAACCUUCAAAGCCGGAGAACUCAUCCUGGUGUUGGAUGACAGUGAUCCAAACUGGUGGAAAGGGGAGAACCACCGGGGCCUGGGUCUGUUCCCAUCCAAUUUUGUCACCACAAACCUCAACAGUGAUCCGGAAACAGUGUCUGUUGUGGAGAAAGUGGUCAGUGCAGAGGAAUUUGUCGAACCAAAAAUUGAGCCUGAACCCAUCUUCAUUGAUGAGGGGAAGAUGGACAGAACGUUGGCGCUCCUGCAGAACGCUGAUCCGGCAGAUCCUACACCAGACUCCUCUGAGCUGAUUCAUUUGGAGGGCGCUUGCGAGCAGAUGAACCCCAUGAUUGACGAGAAGCUGCAGGAGAUUGACAGGAAGCAUUCAGAGUUGUCGGAGCUAAACAUGAAGGUCUUGGAAGCUCUGGAGCUCUACAACAAGCUCAUGAACGAGGCGCCGCUGUACCAGGCCUACUCGAAGAUGGCUCAGUUUGGACCCGUGCCGCCACCAGCCGCUUUGCAGGGUUACCUGGGCCAAGCCACCACUACCGCCGCCGCUGGCCCCUACCUGCCAGCGGUGAUGCCCCAGCCACAGGCCUACAGUUUGCCCGGCGACCAGCCGGGGGCGCUGCAUUCUCUGCCCAAUAGCAGCCAAGCGUUGCCACCAACCUACAUGAGCAGCGGCGUCACCUCCCAUCCUCAUCAUCACUACAUAAACCAGGCAGCCGGUGGCAGCACCUACCCGCAGAUGCCCGUCGACAUGUCGGGCUACCACAGCGGUGCCGCGCCGCCCGUGUCUUACACUGCCCCUGCCCCUCCUCCCGUCCUCGCCACACAACACCAACAGCCACAAGGGGCGUAUUUCCAGCAGCCCCUCCUCUAAACGCCACAGUAGGUUGUGCUGUUGUGCGCGCAUGUCUGUGUGCGCAUGCCUUGCGUGUCCCGAUGACUACUUUUGCGUAAAAUGCCCCCCAUGGCAAGAAUGGGCACGUGUGUUUAAAUGUCCCCCACGGCAAGGAUGGACAUGCCUGCUUUCCCCACUUCCUGCCUUUUAAUACCGUCAUCAUUUUUAAUCGUCAGCGUGAAGAAGUGGUUGAAGUGCACCUGCACAUUUUCAAUCACCAGGAGCCACUUUCACAUCUCCCAAUUAAAGCUGAUGUGAAGCCCCUUUCACCCCGCCUGACAAAUCCAGGAAAAGGAUUUUUCCACCGUGCUGCUGCUGUUAAAGUUGAUCUGCGAAAUGUUCCAGCUUCUUACAUGAAUUGGUAUCAGAAGCCCCUUUCACACCGCCAAUCAGUCCAUCAAAGCUGAAGAAAAUUAUUUUUAUGUCACUGUUUUGUGUGAAAGAUAGGAACACGGAUACGGUGUGGGGGGUGAAGUACACCUGCUUAUUUUCCAGUUACCGACCCGAGGGUUAGGAAUCAUGUGUCCCGUCACUGGGCCCAAUCUGUGUGUAAAGUUACCUGCACCGCAAAGAAGAGUGUUGAAGUGGACCUAAAUGUUCUAGUCUAACAUCAGUAACAGAAGCACCUUUCACACUGCCCAUGAAAGCAAGGUUUUACCCUGUUACUGUUUUAUCUAUGCUAUAUUUGAGGAACUGUAGGGUUGAAGAAGUAGCAAAUUUUCCAGCUUUCCAUGUUGUGCAUCUACCAUUUCCAAGUAGUUCGAUGGGUAUGUCUAAUUGCCUUUCAGAUGACUUACUUGCCUGUCAAAGUGGGAAUUUUCCCAUCUUUUUCCCCCUCUUUCUCACAAUACUGCGUGAAAGGUACCAAUACAGAACACGGGCCGUUGAAAUGGACCCACAGUUGUUUAAGCUUCUGACGUGGUGUCAUCCAUUUUAUGGUACGUCAACGUCGCUAUUCUGCAACCACCACUUCCUGGGUUUGUAGGCUGCGAAGCCCCUUUCACACGGGGAAGGAGCUUUUUCCUUGUCCCUUUUAAUAUGUGUGAGGUAGCAAUGCUGAAUUGAGGAGUUGGGCGCACCACGUUUUUCACUGCUUUUCCACCCCAUGUCGUCGUAUUUAAAAAGAAACACACAGUUGUCGACAUUUUAUGUCGACAACUAUUUCCCGCCCUGGGAAAAAUCAACUGUCGCCCAUUUUGUACUCCCCGAGUGGGGCGCUCCUCUCCUGUAUAGUGACUCGCUUCUUUUUAUGUAUAUUUUCCAUGUACAGUCGCACCUUAGCAAUGUCCACUUGUAUUUACCACUGGAUGCCUUGUUCACCUGCGUAUCGACACAAGCCUUACGCAGGUGCGCUGCUACUGCUUGUGUGUGAUUAAAAAUAAUAAAUGUAUAUAUUCCA